AUGUCCGCCCUUCGCUUGAUCGAACGCGGUCAACGCAUGGUCGAACGUCAGCGACGCAUGGAAUGGCAAAAAGAACAACGCGAAGCCAAUCUCGAAGCCCAAAUGAGACGAGAAGAGAGAAGAGCACAGACCGACGCGGAACGAGAUGCCAGACGCGUCCAACAAGAACAAGAACGAGAAGCGAGAAAGCAGGAAAAAGAUCUCGAGAAAGAGAAACGCCAGAUUAAAAUGGAAAUGGAUCGUGAGGAACGAGAGAGACAGAGAAACCGGUACUAUCGUCAUCGCUAUCGUCUGUACCUGCGGCUGAAUCUGCAUCUGCGCCAGGGCAAGGGCAAGGACGAAGUCUUGUCUUCUGCACGGAAUGCGGAAACCAAUGUCGACCGACCGACAAGUUCUGUGGCGGGUGCGGAAAUCGAAUGA